UUAAACACAAGUCAUAUACAAUCGAUAUUUCACCAUAUUUUUUAUCUGGCACAAACGUGAAUAAGGUAUGACGAAUAACACUGAUUAUCUUCAGAUUCUUUGGGAACUGAAAUACUCCGACGUCGCUGUAAGUAGUACCAUUCUGACAAUUAUCGGAGGUAUUGUUGGAAUACUAGGGAAUGGUUCAGUUAUAAUAUGUUACUUCUUUCGGAUUCAGGAACGAGGACAGCGUUAUUUUAUUCCUGUGUUGGCAGUCGUAGACUUAGUUGCGUGUAUAACAAGUUCUGUGUUCUACAUAAUGGAUAAUAAGUUUUUAUUGAAUUAUCCCUAUGAUUUGAUGUGUCGUAUUCUAAUUUUUUUGCAGCUGCUUGUGCCCGGGAUAUCGGCUAGUCUACUAGUCAUUAUUGGUGUUCAAAGAUUUCUGUUAGUUUGCAAACCUCACGGACCAAGGAUGACAUCACGCUGGAAAAGGAUCGCCAUUGUUGUCGUAUGCUUGUUUUCUUUGGCAUUAUCUGCACCGUUUCUUGCAAUAUCUGGAAUUAAAACAUCAUCCAAAACGUUUCAAAAUCAUACACUACAGAUGACAGUCUGUAAAUUUUUCACAGCAGAAAUUACAGCAAAUAUAAGAGCGUACAUCAGCUGUCUUCUACUGCUAAUUAUUAUCAGUAUUUUGAUAACCAUAACUUUGUUCAUAUUAGUGUUGAAAAGGAUAAAACUCACUUUUCUUGGGAAAUUCAAAAGUUGGCGUAAGACAUUUAAACAUCGAAAUACACCUAGUAAUACUGAUUCAACAAAAGAUAUAGAACUCUACAAUUGUGAAAGAAAACUUCACGGAAUUCAGAUCCAUAAAUUAUCCUGCUCCACUCCAAGCAUUGGCGUUUCUUCUACCAUGAGUGUUGAUCUUGAUACUAAUAAAUCAGUAAAUACUUUAAAGAAAGAGGACAGCGAAAGAACAAGGAAGGAAAAAGCAACAAGAAGAAUAACGAUUAUGUUUUUUGUCAUUAUUGUUGCUUAUGUUUUAUCUUAUAUUCCUACUUGUAUCAUUUUUAUUGUAGUAUAUACUCUCCCUGAUUUCAAUUACAUUUCUUUGUCAAGAGAGGCAGCUUUUCUUAUUAUCUACCUUUCUCGUUUUGUGUUUCUUAACCAUAUUGUCAAUCCCUUUAUAUACAGUUACUUCGAUCAGAAUUUUAGAACUGAAUUGAGAAAGUUAUUUGCAUGUGUAAAUAAAUAAUGGGGACAUAAAAUAAUAGUCUGUGAAGAUACAGUUGGCUUAGGCAAAUAAUCAGUUUCCGCAUAUCAUUUGUCAUGUAAGAAGAUAUAGAUUUAUUUUCGGAAUACAUUGUUACAAGUUCGAGAUAAAAUCUAGAUUUGUUGUGUAGGGUUUUUCCGAACGUUAUCGGAUUUAGACAACUCAGACAAAUAAUCAAUUUUCCACACUAUUUGUUUCAUGCUUGAAUAUUUUGAUUUGAUAUUCAUUGUAUAGUUUGACACCGUGACAACUUUCUUAAACUAUACUGGAUUUCUACCAAACUUGGACAGAAGCUUGUUUAUGAUCAUACGAUAGUACCCAGAAGUAUAGUUUGAAAAAAUGAUAAUCCAUUUUUUCUGUUUUUUACUUAUAAAUGGACUUAGUUUUUCUGCAGGGAAACAUUACAUUCACUCUGUGGUUAAAGUUUUUAAAAUUUUCUUUAACUAUCCCGGGUUUGUACCAAACUUGGACAGAAGCUUUUUUAUGAUCAUAAGAUAGUAUCCAGAAGUAAAUUUUGUAAAAAAAAUAAAUCCAUUUUUUCCGUAUUAUACUUAUAAAUGGACUUAGGUUUUCUGCCAGGAAACAACACAUUCAC